AUGGGUAACCAACAAGAAAAGGAAUAGUCAAGAGAAUUCUUAGAAAGAAAACUUGAUCCAAAUUAUGGAGAAGUAGCUGUAUAUUUAGAUAAAAAUACAAACCUUACUUUUACUGAAAUUAAGCAUGUGUUAUCAUCUGAUAUCGAUGCAGCAGCUUUGAAAUAAAGUAUUACCAAAAGGUACCAAAAAAUGAAUAUUAAUAGAUAAUCAUUGAAUCACAGAUGUUUAAUAAAAAUCAAGAAAUAUGAGAAUGGAGAGAUAGAUGACUUGUGUAGUUCAUUUAUGGUUUUAUCAAUAACAGUUGAAUACUACAGUGAAUCGUUAUAGAAUGAUAUUAAACAAAGAAAGAUACACAAGACAACUUAUAAUGAAUAAGAGCUUAAAUAUAUUAUUUUUGAGAUUUCAAAUGUUUGUCAGUAUAUGAAGGAUUUGAAAUACGAAAUCCAAGACAUUCAUCCUUAAAAAGUUUUAAUUGACGAGAAUAGAAAUAUCAAAUAUUUUGAUCAAUUUCUAGAGACGCAAAAGAUUAAUAAUUAUUUCCAGAUUCUCUUUGGUUUAAGAGAUUUGGAAUAUAUUGCGCCUGAAUAACUAGUAUUAUUAAAAGGAGAAAUCAGAACUGACAAUACGGAUUAAGAAUUAGUGAAUGUGUUUUGUUUAGGCCUUUUGGUUGUUAGUUUAAUGAGUGGCAUUAGAUGCGUAGAAUUUUAUAAUUAGGAUACAUUAGAAUAUAAAAGAGAUUUCGUAACUUAAAUACUAGAUAAAUAUUGUUUGAAGCAUCAGUUUUCUAACUUCUUUAAAUAAUUAGUUAUAGCUAUGUUAAAGUUUCAUCCAUAAGAUCGUCAUAAUUACUUAUAAAUUUUAGAUUAGCUUCAACAAUAGUCAGACAGUUUUGCCCAUUUUUUGAAUCCCCCAGGAAGAUAGAAAGGUUAAAAUUAUUAUACUUUUAGAAUUCUUAGAAUCAUAAUUUAAUUCUUUUCAUACCCAAGGUUCAGCCAUUAAGUCAUAAGUUUAUUCAGCUACAGCCUAUGAUUUUAAUGAAAUAGAUUAAUUUAUUAAGUCAGCAAGAUAAAGAGCAUAAACAACUUUAGAUGAAGUUGGGUUAGACCUCAAACUGAAUGCUUUCAAAGGUAGCCAGAUUACAAUUAUUGAUCAGACAGACUGAUA